AUGUCAACAAAAAACCCAAUUUUAUUUUCUGCGCUUUGUGUUGUGAAAGGGUCCAUUUCAACUCUUUUUGGAGUUUCUGGUAAAGUCUCCAAGCUGAAGUUUAAGAAUGAAAAGGUUUCCUUUAACUACUCUCUCUCAAAAGAAAUUGAAAUAAACGAUGAUACCUUGGAAGAGCUUAACAACAUUAUUAGUUACAAAAUAAAGGAGAAUUCUUCUUUCCAAGUUUUUAAAAUCCCAAGUAAAGAGGCAAGCUCAAUAUAUGGGAAAGAACAUCUUGAAAGCGACGAAGUUCCACCAGAAAACGUUGAACUUCGUAUUGUAACAUUGCGUAACUUUUACCUCUCUGCAACAAGGAACCCAGUAGUAAGGAAUACAAAGGAAAUUGGUAAUGUAACAAUUGAGAAUAUUCUUUUGGAUGAUAAGAAUUCUGCUUUAUUGGUGAACUUUAAGGUGGAUCAUCCAUUGGUAAAGGCUUCUGAAGAAAACUUUAAAAAUCUUUAUUGUGAAGAAUACUCAGUCCAAGAUAUUAAGGACGGAAAAUUUAUUGUCCCAAGCUUAGAAGACUCUCUGCCAAUUUCAAUAAGCUUAGAUAUUAUUGGAGAUGAACUAGUAAAUCCUUGGGAAGUCAAAGCUGAUAACGCUUAUGGUAUAGAUUACAAUAAACUGAUUGACAAGUUUGGGUGCAAGUUGAUUACGAAGGAUAUGAUUGAUAGAAUGGAAAGAUUAACAGGCCAAAGAGCCCACCAUUUUUUUAGAAGAAAUAUUUUCCUCUCUCACCGUGAUUUUGAGAAAAUUUUGGACGUUUAUGAAAAUGGAGAGCUGUUUUAUUUGUACACUGGAAGAGGUCCAUCAUCUGAGUCACUUCAUGUUGGGCACUUGGUCCCAUUCCUCUUCACUAAAUAUCUCCAAGAUGCAUUUAAAGUUCCAUUAGUUAUCCAACUAACUGAUGACGAAAAGUUUAUUUUCAAGAGUAACUUGACAUUAGAGGAAACCCACAACUUUGCAUAUGAAAAUAUGAAGGAUAUUAUUGCAUGUGGAUUUGAUCCAGAAUUGACAUUCAUUUUUACAAAUCUUGAGUAUAUUGCUGAAUUAUAUCCUGAUAUUUUGAGAAUUGAAAAGAAGAUAUCUUGUUCGCAAAUCAAGUCCAUCUUUGGAUUUAAGGAUUCUUGCAAUGUUGGAAAGUUUGCUUUCCCAGCAGUUCAGGCUGCUCCAGCUUUUUCAAGUUCAUUCCCAAAUAUCUUUGGCGGAAGAACCGAUGUUCAUUGUUUGGUACCACAUGCAAUUGAUCAAGACCCUUACUUUAGAAUGGUUAGAGAUGUUGCCCCAAGACUUGGAUAUCUAAAACCUUCGUCAAUUCAUUCCAUUUUCUUGCCAUCGCUUCAGGGCUCUCAAACGAAAAUGAGUGCCAGUGUUCAAAACUCAUCUAUUUUUGUUAAUGAUACUGAAGAAGCCAUUAGGAGCAAAAUUAUGAAGUACGCCUUUUCUGGAGGACAAGCUACGGAGGAAGAGCAAAGAAGGCUCGGAGCCAACCUCGAUGUUGAUGUUUCGUGGCAAUACCUCCGUUUCCUAAUGGAAGAUGACCAGAAGCUUGAAGAAAUUGGCAAGAAGUACUCUUCAGGCCAGAUGCUUUCUGGCGAAAUCAAGUCAAUUCUCGUGGAUGAAUUAGUUAAGCUGACUAAGAAUCACCAAAAGAACAGAGAGGCAAUAACUGAAAGUACCAUUGCCAAAUUUACAAAUAAAAGCCGAGAAGAACUCCUUAAACUUUUUAGCAAAAAAAAUUAA